AUGUCAAGCUUCGGCUCCCUGCUCACCCUCCUGGUCUUGGCGGCCUGGCUUGUCCCCGUCAAUGCUCUGUAUUUCUACAUGGAGGGCAACGGCCAAAAGUGCUUCUUCGAAGAACUCCCCAAGGAUACGCUGGUCGUCGGCCACUACAACGCCGAACAGUGGGAUGAAGGCCUACGCGCCUACACGCCGAACAACAACGUGCAGAUCUAUAUCAGCGUUGAAGAGGUCUUCGACAAUGACCACCGCGUUGUCUCGCAGCGCGGCACUUCGGUCAAGGGCAAAUUUACCUUCUCGGCCGCCGACUCUGGCGAGCAUCGCAUCUGCUUUUCCCCAAUCGGCGCCGCCACCCACUCCGGCUGGCUCUCUAGCGGCCAACAGGCCGGCAGCAUCCGUUUCGAUCUCGACCUCGCCAUCGGAGAGACCAGCAAGAUCGAGAGCGACGACAAGGAUAAGAUGCAAGAUCUCCAGCAGAAGGUCAGGGACUUGAACGCUAGGCUACAGGACAUCCGCCGGGAGCAGGUUUUCCAGAGGGAGCGGGAAGCCGAGUUCAGGGACCAGUCCGAGUCCACCAACGCCAAGGUUGUCCGUUGGACUUUGAUGCAAGUUGCAGUGCUUGGCGUCACCUGCGCCUGGCAAUUGUCGCACCUCCGCGCCUUCUUCAUCAAGCAGAAGCUGACUUGA